UACAAAUGUCAUUGCUUAUUGAAAAAUAUAAACAUUACCUUUUCGUUUGUUAUUUUUAUUUGUGAAUGAAUAUUUUAAAUUAUCAUGGAUUACGUUAUUAUUAGAGAGGAUAUCAAAAGAAGGCGGCGGGAAGCUGAGCUAGAAGAGAAUUGCAAAUCAUCAAGAAAUGGAUACCUACAUUCCAGUUAAAGUAAGACGUAAAAAUCUCUACGAAAAAUAUAGUAAAAAACAUCAAACCAGUGAAAGCCAUAAAUACAGAUCUGAUUCCAAUGAAGACUGGCUGGAAGCCUUCCAGAUAUAUCAAGGAAAUGUCUAAAGCUAAAAGAGACAGAAUAUUGCGAAGAAUCGGUCCAUUUGCAUUAAAACCGGCAAUAGUGAAUUUUAAAUUAUUGUUUUUUCCUAUACAUCUACCAAACCAUUGGGCAUUAAUUUGCAUAAAUAUGGAUGAAAAAUCAAUAAACUACUAUGAUUCAAUAAAGAGGAAUGAUCCAUCUGUAUUGUUACAGUUCCACGAUUGGAUGGCAUAUCUAUAUCCAUGUUCUGAAUGGAGUAUGAAAAAUUGGACGGAGAUCCUCCAGCAAGUUAAUACUGACUGCGGUAUGUUUACAUGUCAAUUUGGAGCAUUAUUGGCCAGUGGUAUCUGCAUAGAUGAUGUACACUAUACGGAGAAUGAUAUCAAGGAGGUGAGACAAUCCAUUUUAUGGUCACUGAGCAAUUUGUCUUUAAAACUGCAAAAUCCCAAUCACAAAGAGGGCGAUCAAAACGAGGAAUUUAUCGCUGUGCUUAUUGUCCAUUCAAAUCCAAGCAAAGAUGGAUAGUUGUGCGGCACAUGAAUCCAACAGAUUCAAAAACCAAAAAAGUUAAACCACCGGCCUGUAAAGCAAGACGCCGCAUUGAGAGGGUUGAUCGACUCACAGGAGUUUGGAAAGAUACCGAACAAAACCAGUUCGGAUUCAACAAUAAAUCACUGACAAUAUUUCUGACAAUAAAGUAAAUCGAUAUUUAUUGAAUUAUUAA